AUGUCACUUUCCAAAUACGACAGACCAAAAACGGUCUCAAAGGCGUCCAAGAACCCAAAGGAUAAACGAGUUCGUGCCAAGUUGAAGAGAUUAGAUGAUUCUUACAAAAAUGCCGUCAAAGAGGCACAAAAUACAGAGAUUUUGCUCCAGGAAUCUGCAGGUUUAAUGGAAACUGAAACAGAAAUGGAAAAGACUUUCAAGGUUACCCAAAAGGACAUCAAGGAUAGCGUGGAUGAAAGCAUGAAUAGAAAAGCAAUUGAUUUGAAACUUACAGAAUAUGGUCCUUAUGUAUUUGAUUAUUCAAGAAAUGGUAGAAGUUUGUUGCUCGGAGGUAGAAAAGGGCAUGUUGCCUCUAUGGACUGGCAGUACGGGAAACUUCAUUGUGAGUUGCAUUUGAAUGAGACCGUUAAUGCUGUCAAACAUUUACACAAUGAUCAAUUUUUCGCAGUAGCACAAAAGAAAUACACAUUUAUCUACGAUAAAUUGGGAACCGAAUUGCACAGAUUGAAACAGCAUAUUGAGGUCAAGCAUUUAGAAUUCUUGCCAUACCAUUAUCUUUUAGCUACUGCCGGUAAUACUGGUUUCCUUAAAUACCAAGAUGUCUCUACUGGUGUGCUAAUAUCGGAACUUCGAACAAAGAUGGGGCCAACAAUAUCCAUGAAGCAAAACCCUUGGAAUGCUGUGGUGCAUUUAGGUCAUUCUAAUGGUCAAGUAUCAUUGUGGAGCCCAACAAUGUCAAAGCCGUUGGUGAAGAUUUUAAAUUCCAGAGGGUCGGUGAAAUCUAUUGCUAUUGAUAGAACAGGUAAUUACAUGGCGUGUACCUCUACUGACAGAACUUUGAAAGUAUGGGAUAUUAGAAUGUUUAAAGAAUUGAAUUAUAGAUCUUUGCCAACUCCUGGAUUGAGUUGUGAUAUUUCCGAUACCAAUCUUCUCAGUGUUUCUUUUGGCCCACAUAUUAAUAUCUAUAAAGAUAUCUUCACUAACGACCACAAAGAUGUGAAGCUAUAUAUGCAUCAUUUGAAUGCUGGAUCAAAGGUCGAAAUGAAUAAGUUUAUUCCAUUCGAAGAUAUCUUAAGUUUCGGUCACGAAAAUGGGGUCAAGAAUAUUAUUGUUCCAGGAUCCGGUGAAGCUAACUUUGACUCUUUGGAAAUUAAUCCAUUCGAAUCGGCCAAGCAACGUCAAGAAUCCGAAGUUAGAACUUUGGUGAACAAACUUAAGCCAGAUAUGAUCACUCUUGAUCCAAAUGUCAUUGGUACCAUUGAUAAGCGUGCCAAUACCACCAGAUUGACUGCUAAGGACUUGGCAGAAUUGACCAAUAAACAGAGGGAAGUUGGAGCCAAUGAUGUAAAGAUGGAUAUUUUACCAAAGGUCAAGGGAAAGAAUAGUUCAUUGCGUCGCCAUUUGAGAAAGAAGUCUAAGAAUGUGAUUGAUGAAAGAAAGAUGAGAGUCGAAAGUAAUUUGAAGAGAGAAAAGGAACUUAGAGCAAAGAUUCAUGCUAAAAAGAACGGGACUUUCAAAGAUGAAGAGAAUGAUUUAUUGAACCCGGCAUUAUCUAGAUUUGGAUGA